AUGACGCGUAUUUCUCCUCUUCUCCUCUUUCUUGCGGCCUUGUGCCUCUCGCAUCUACCGCUUGCCAAGAGCAGUACUCUGACGCGUGGUGCCCGAAUGGCAAAGAGAUCCUAUGUCGACGAUGACAAGAUCAUGAUGAAAAAGGUUUCCACGUCCAAAGAUUCAUCAAAGUCAAAAGGAAAGAGUGGAAAAGGCGGAAAAGGUGAAUACAAGAAGGUAGUAAAGAAAGAGAAAAAGUCGAAAUCAAUGAAAAAGUCACACGCCAAGACAAAGCUCAAGAAAUACAUGAAACAGAAGGAAGUCGUAUAUACUGGACCCACUGGACCCACUGGAUCCUCUCCAGCCAAGCAAAUGGGCAUGAUGGCGAAAGGUUACUCAAACUACCCCGAUGAGAGUGCCACGGAAGGGUCAACCCCCAGUCCGCCACCCACGAUUUCGUUGGAUGAAGCACUGCCGGUUGAACCAAUGCCCGAGGAAGAGAGUCCAUCCGUGGACGAACCACCCACUACGGCUCCUGUGGAAACUCCUGUGGUCGCCCCCACUGAGCCACCAGUGGAACCACCCGUUGAGCCACCAGUUGAGCCACCAGUUGAGCCACCAGUUGAGCCACCAGUUGAGCCACCAGUUGAGCCACCAGUAGAGCCACCAGUAGAGCCACCAGUAGAGCCACCCGUUGACGCACCAGUGGCUGUAGAAGAACCUACAGAAAUGACAGAGGAGCCCACGGUGGCACCAGUUGCAUCCAUCUCUGAAGCCCCAUCUUUUGCCCCAAACACUGAAGAGCCUGAAACUCCAGCUGCCACUCCAACGAUGCCUCCGACAGUCAUCAUUCUCCCCGAAGAACCCACAUCUGCUCCCACCAUUGUCGAGGACACCAUGGCUCCUACGGUGGACAGGGAUAUUACUGAAGCUCCAGUUCCAGACUUGAACAAUGAUGUUUGUACCGGGGCGGAACUGCUCACGAUUGGAGAGGUAGUCUUGGGUUCCACUGUUGACGCCACUGACGAUAUGAUCAUGGAGGAUUGCGGUACAGCCAGGUUUGGAGAGAGCUCGGCUCCUGGUCGUUGGUAUGUGAUAGAAGGAAACGGGCGAGAAGUGAUGGUGUUUGUAAACGCAACUUAUGACGUCCAGGUGGCAGUUUAUGAAGGAGAAGAUUGUGAAUCUACAACAUGUGUCGUCGGUACAGAGGGUUAUCCUCCCAGCUUUGAACUUGGGCAUGUCCGGUUCUCAUCCGAGGAAGGGGCCCUUUAUUAUGUGUUGGUCUCUGGCUUUGAGGGCGCAGUCGGAGAAUUCGGUUUGGUUGCGAGAGAUCCAGUGCUGGUUCCAAAUGACCAAUGUUCUGGUGCAAUUGAGAUUGAGCUUGAUGAGCCCAUUGCAGCGACAACAAUCUUCGCCACCCCCGACAAUGAUGUCGUUACUGACUACUGUACUCCUUUCAACACUUCUCAACCUGGAAUUUGGUACAGCAUUGAAGGAACUGGAACCAGGUUGCAAGCCAGAAUCACGGAGGCAUCAUUUGCUGUUCAACUCAGUGUUUUCUCGGGGUCCUGUGAUGAAUUGGUAUGCGAGGGUGGAAAAGUUGCAAGUCUUGCAUUCAAGGUCACUCCCGUUGUUUGGGAUUCUGUUGAAGGGGAGGAGUACCUGAUCCUGGUGCACGCUGUAGCAGGCAUGGUGGGCAACUUCGAGCUGCUCAUAUCUGAAACUUUGGCCCCCGACAAUGACGAAUGUUCUGGAGCUGUUCAGCUUCCAGUACCAACUGUCGGCUUCCCAGGGACAACCAUUGGAGCUAAUCUGGAUGAUGUGACUCAUUGUGGGGGUGUGACCGAGCCGACGAGUGCAGGAGUCUGGUAUUAUAUCGAAGGGACUGCAGAAACACUCAGGGUGAAGCUGACAGCCGACUAUGAUACCCAGGUUACCAUUUACAGUGGUAGUUGUGACAGUUUGACUUGUCUUGCCGGGAACGACCAAGCUCCCUUCUCGAGUGGAUCGAGUGAAGCCAUUUUUGACACAGCAGAAGGCGAACUCAUAUGGAUCUUGGUCCAUGGCUUUGACCAAGAUAUCGGCGAGUUUCUCAUCAACGUCGAUGCUGUAGAAAGACCCAGAAAUGACCAGUGCGAUGAAGCCAUUAGUCUCGAAAUUGACGACCAGAUUGCUGGCUCCACAGUCUAUGCAAGCCUAGAGGACACUCCGACCUGUGGAGGGGCUUUGGGUGGCAAUCAAUCAGCUCCUGGAGUAUGGUAUACUGUACCGUCAGGUGAAGCACUCAAUUCACCAACCCUCAAAAUGUCCGUUUCUGCGACCUAUGAUGUUCAGAUCAGUGUAUUCACCGGACCAAGCUGUGGAGGCCUUCUUUGUGUUGCAGGUACAGAAGGAGAAGGGCCAAGCUUCACAGCAGGUUCUGUUGCUUGGGAUGCUGCUGAAGGAGAAGAUUACUGGAUUCUGGUACACGGAUUCUUGGGACAGGUUGGAGUCUUCGAAUUGGAACUAUCAGAGACGGAAAGGCCAGCACAUGAUCAGUGUGAAGGUGCAAUCCCUCUUGAAAUUGGAGUCCCCGUCAAUGACACCACUGCUCUAGCAACGACAGACGAUGUGGAGGCAUGCGGCUCCUCAACUGGUGGAGAGUUAUCAGCGCCAGGGCUCUGGUAUCGGGUGGAUGGCACAGGGGACACCCUUGCUGCUACAGUGAUUUCAGACUACAACGUUGAAAUGUCAGUCUAUAGCGGCGGAUGCGAUUCUUUGGUCUGCAUUGACGGAGCUCAGGGACAAAACCCAACUUUUUCCACAGCGACAAUAGUGUGGGACUCUGCAGAAGGCACAACUUACUUUGUGCACAUCAACGGUUAUAAUCAGGACACUGGGGACUUCCAGGUGCUGGUGAUGGAUGCGUCUAGGCCUCGCAAUGACGAUUGUUCCAAUGCCAUCGAGUUAGAAUUUGGCGAUACUGUCGCUGGCUCCACUCGAUUUGCCAGUUUGGACGAUGCUCCUGAAUACUGCGGCGGGGCCAACAACAACACUGCCCCAGGCGUAUGGUACAAAAUCUCAGAAGGUGAAGCCAUCACAGCAACUUUCCUUACAAACUUUGACGCUCAACUUUCGGUGUAUUCAGGCGAUUGUGCCUCAUUGGUGUGUAUUGACGGAGACGACGGUGACACCCCUACGUUUACAUCAGGUUCCGUUUCGUGGACACGCGAAGCCGGCGAAACGUCGUACAUUCUCCUGCAUGGAUUUUCUGGAUCCGUCGGUUUCUACGAGUUGAAUGUUGCGGCACAAUCAGCUGAAGAUCAACCCGAGGUAACUACACCAAUCCCCGCCAACGACGAGUGUGAAGCAGCCAUUGCCAUUGAAGAAGGUCAGACAAUCAAUGGAAACACUGCUUCUGCUACGGAAGAUGCAAACAUUUCCCUGGAGCAAAACUGCGGCCUUGCUUCCUUUCUCUCCGCCCCUGGAGUCUGGUACUCUAUUGUGGGUCAAGGAGGAUUGAUGCAGUUCACAGUGUUUGCGGACUAUGAUUCACAAAUUUCAAUCUACAGUGGCGGAUGCGAUGAUCUUGUUUGCUCUUCUGGCAACGACGAGAGCCCCCUGGCGGAUCAGACAGCGUCAAGUAGCUUGACAGACUUUCUAGACAGUGACGAAGAGUACAGAGUCUUGGUCCACGGCUACAAUGGCGCUACAGGUCAAUUCUUGCUCUCUGUUGAAGCUGUUGACCUUGCCCCCAAUUCCGAUUGUUCUGAAGCCAUCGAAUUGGAAAUUGGAACGAUGGCUUCAGGGUCAACUACCAAUGCACUUGCUGGCGAGGUUGACAAUGUAUGCGGAGAUGCCGUGGCAGAGAUCUCAAGCGCAGGGGUUUGGUACAAGGUCGACGGAACGGGCUCCACCCUCCUAGCAACUGUCAAUGCAACAUAUCAAUCGCAACUUCUUGUUUUGUCUGGUGAUUGUGAUGCACUUUCUUGUGUCGAUGGGAAUCUCCAGAGCCCAAUCCAAGAUCUUAGCGGUAGCAGCCUGGUCUGGGAAGCAACAGAAGGUCAAACGUACUAUCUGUUUGUUUACGGAUUCCAGCAAGGAGCCCAGGGAGACUUUGAUAUUCUCGUCACGGAAGUGAAUCCACCAGAGAAUGAUGUCUGUGCAGAUGCUGUACCAAUUGAUCCCACUGGAGACUCUGUGGAAGGAUCCACCAUCGUCGCGACUCUUGACGAAGGCCUAACCUAUUGCGGAACUGCAAACAACAACACGAGUGCUGGGGUCUGGUAUUCGUUCACAGGAACUGGAGAGACCAUUCUUAUUGGGAUGACGGGACAGUUCGAUACACAGCUGUCCUUGUAUUCGGGAGCCAGCUGCGACCAAUUGGAGUGCGAGCAAGGCAAUGACGAGAGUCCCGUGUCGGGUAGCAGCAGUACAAUCUUGUUUGCCACGGAGGUUGGUCAAAGCUACUAUUUGCUAGCUCACGGCUUCUACCCUUCACGUGGCAACUUUGAGCUGUCCGUACGAGAGAUUGCCCCUCCCAGGAAUGACGAGUGCAGCUCUGCCAUUCCACUUGAGCUCGGAGAUCAGAUUGCCGGUUCCACCAUUGCUGCGACUGCUGAGGACGACUUUGACUUUGAUGAGUGCGGAACGUCGCGCGGUGGAGAAGCGUCUAGUCCCGGUGUUUGGUACAGCAUCGAGGGUGAUGGAGGUCCCCUUCGGGCCGAUGUGCAUGCCACCUACGAUAUACAACUGACCGUCUUUGAAGGCGAAGAUUGUAGCUCGUUGAUAUGUGUUGACGGUACCGAUGGUGAAUUGGAAGACUUCUCGAGAGGGUCUGUAGUCUGGGACUCUGUGGAAGGACAGGAAUAUGCGAUUCUGGUGCAUGGGUUCUCGGGCGUUGUUGGUGUAUUUGAACUGACAGUAACGUUUGGAUCACGGUAGGAAUGUGGUGCCCCGAUAACGAACACGAGGGGAGGCUACUGGACUGGGAAUGCAUGUAGAACCUCCAGUGCAAGCGCAAUGAUUUAUUCAUUGCAAAACAAAAUGACAGACACUGCCUUAAUGUGCUGUUGCGGUUCUAAGAUAAAGCUGCUGUACAACUUUUACUUCAUAGAAUGAUGAAUCCAGAACUUGAAAGUCGCUGUACGGCUCAACCGUCUUGAUCACAACGAUAAGGACAAAAAUUCUGUUUCAAACCUGCACUGUCAAGGGACCGAGCGGGCGAUCAAAGGACGCUGAUCUUGAUGAUGAGAGGAAUGCCUCUCAUUGCAGCGUUUUCCAGUUCCCGCUCCCGACAUCGGAGGACGUUUCCCAAGCUCGACAUGCGGUUGCACAGGCUGCAGGCAGACGGUUUCAAUACUCAGGUACAGUACCGCACUGCAUUGCCAGGAUUCAGGUAGUCUAAGUCUUUCACCACACGUCAAGCUUUUAAAAGCAGGUCUAGCUAGCUAGAGUUCUCUGACGGCAUGUGUUUUAUUUCUUUGCUAUAGAAACCCAGAGAUUGGACAACUUCGGGUUUUCGAUGGGACUUUUUCUGGCUGCGGCUGGCUGGGUAGACCCGUGCAAGAAGGCUUUGGCCCUUCUUCCUACCAUUACAUUUUACGUAUUCCAAUGUGUGUUGUUUCUCUCUAAACUCGGGAUAGAUGUGAUGAAGUGUUUUGUACAAAGCAUGGCCUUGGGCUGAAGAAGAAUGGAGGAUGGGAGAUGGAGGGUGGAAGAUUGGAUGGAGGAUGGAAGAUCAUAUAGCUCCUUUCGAAUUCACAACUGAUUCCAUGUCGAAUGGGCAGAACACCAAAUCUAUAGCUAGCAAUGUUUUCAGUUGCCCCACUAUGGCAAAGCUUGGCCUUGUGCUGAAGAAGAAUGGAGGAUAGAAGCUGGGAGAUGGAGGAUGGAUGAUAGAAGCUGGGAGAUGGGACAUGGAGGAUGGAAGAUGGGACACGAGGAUGGAGGAUGGAGGAUGGUAAAGUUCCUUUCGAUGUCAUGACUGAUGGCAUGUCGAUGGGCAGAACACCAAAUCUCUAGGUUGCACUGUUUUCGGUUGCUCCAAUAUGACAAACCAGGGCCUUGGCCUGAAGAAGAAUGGAGGGUGGAGGAUGGAGGGUGGAAGAUGGAGGAUGAUAAAGUUCCUUUCGACGCCACGGGCAGAACACCAUUUCUCUUUUCGUUCGCCCUUCUCCAAUUCCCGUUGCGUCGCCAGAACUUUGACUUCGUUCUCUUGUUUGUUUGUUUCAUUCAUUCAUUCAUUCAUUCAUUCAUUCAUUCAUUCAUUCAUUCAUUCAUUCAUUCAGUAGUGGACGACAAUUUGAAUAUCAGCAACGUUGGUCAAGGACAUGCCCAGCAUCAUGACCAACACAAAGGCCGCCCAACGAGCGACCAUUCCACCCACGUGGGACGCUUCUUGCCACACGCCAUCACUGCUGCUGUGACCAUUAUUAUUAUUAUUCGUGAGGGUCACUUGCUUAUUCUUUUUGGAACCACGGCGACUCCUCUUUCUACCCAUAAUCUUGUCGUAGAAGUACCCUUGACUGAUAUUACUGGCUCGAAUGACCGGUGGUAACAGCUUGGCCAUUUUGUGUGCCGGGACAAAAAUGGUGGUGGGAGGAUCAUCUGUGGUUUCUUCGUCGUGGAAUGUUGUAGAGACUUUGGUGUAGGUACUAUGCAUAGCAGUUGGCAGGAACCGAAUGUAUCGGACGAGGCUCUGGAUGACUCCCAUUCUCUUGUGGUUAUUAUUAUUGGUAAGGGAUGAUAGGGACGUCUUCGACUCUUUCUUCUUCCAACUUGAACGAAGAGGGUUCAUUCUUAUUUAUAAAUGGCGACAAAAGGAACACGAUAUACUAAAAACCUGGAUUGAUGGAUGCAUGCACUGACGACUGAUGCAGAAGAUGACCUGAUGAGACUCGAGUCUUCCCCUCGAAAACUUCCCCACGCACCCUUCCUGUGUGAGAUCUCCAAUCACGUGUCCCGAAGAUUUGGGUUUUCCACGGCCUGCAAGCUCGCAUUUUGCGGUUGGUCAAACAGACCUUAAGUGACAACACUGCCUAAGUACAAAGCGGGAAUCUCAAUGCAGUUAAGGUACUUAGCCAUGAACGUUAUAUUUG